UUGACUGAUGGAAUUUUGAAGCCGUGGCGGAACUAGAAAUUUAAAUAAAAGAAUUUAAAAGAUGCAUGUCGAUGAAUUCAACGACUUAUAUACACAAAAAAAAAAAAAAAAAAAUCAUCUUUGUCCUAUUUACAUAAUACAAUUUUUUCAAGAAAAUUGUGUUGGGUCCAUAUACUUCUGACGUGUUCAAGAUUUGAAGCUUUUUAUGUAGGUUUCGACUUUUGGUAAACGUGUUGUAUACGAGCAUGUUAAUUUGCCCAAACACUUAUGAAACGAAAAAUAAUACAGUUGAGUUUAUAAUCAAAUAUUUAUAAUAAUUAGUGAGUUUCUUAAUAGAUAUAUUGGAUCUGAGAAAAAACUAUUGGUUCUCAUGAUCCCAUAUGUUGUACUCUAGGUUCGUCUCGCCGAUAUGCAGGGGCGGACCUAUAGCUAAAUUUUUGGUGCUCUAGCACCCGUUAAGUUUGACGCAGAUUAGGUAUGAUUAUAUAAAAUGUAUUAAAUUUGAUAUAAAAUUUGGAAAAUCACCCGGUAAACCAAGAAGAUGGGUGGGUGCUUUAGUUUUCAGGUUAAAUCUUAAAAUUUUGGACGUCAAUAGGUGUGUUCGAAUUUUUCGAACACUAACGACUCCUAAAUACUGGAUCCGUCACUGCCGAUAUGGCCCCCCAUGCUGACGUGACAUUAGCCAACUUGCAGUAGGUAGUGCUCAGUCAAAUGUGAAGUGGGAAUGUAAGUAAGACUAUGGAAGAGUUUCCCAUUUAUUAUACCAUCUGAAAUUGUUUUCCAUUUGUGAUCAUUUCAAGCUCAGAAAUGCAUGGUAAGGUUGUAUACAAUAAACUCUUGUCAUUCGGCCCUUUCUCGGAGCGUAUAGCGGGAGUUUUAAUGUACAGGACGGCCUGUUUUUUUCUGGUCAUUUUAAACUAAUCUCAGUUGUUGUCUAAGCUAAGAGUAACAGAGAACUAUGGCUUAUGCUGCUGUGGCUUCUCUUAUGUCAACUCUAGGAUUGCUAAUGCAAUCCAAUUCGUGUUUAGUUCUUCCGGGGGAAGAACCAACUAAAUCUCUUCACGAGAAAGUGGAAGAACAGAUUCAAUCCCUUCGCGAAAAACUUUGUUUACUACAAGAGUGUCUAGAGAAUUUGGAAAAGAAUAUCAAUGAUCGUAAGGCAGUUGAACGCUAUGAAGGCAAGAUUAAAGUUGCAGCACAUGAUGCAGAAGAAAGAAUUGAGUUGGCACUGGGAGAAAUUUAUGAUGCUGAAACUGAAAAGAAUUGGAGAAAAGCUUAUAAGAAGCUUUGCAAGAGGUUGCAACAAGCAUCUAAGUCAAUUGAUUCCAAGAGCAGAAAAUUGAGAGAAAUUACGAAGAGUAGUGGUUUGAAGACAAUGAGUUUGUUAGUCCAAAGUUUUGAUUUGCCUGAACAUUCUCCGCAGCUUGACAACAACAGCGACAUGGUCGGACAUGUAAAUGAGUUGGAGGAUAUGAAGAGUAAAAUCACGGAUAUCUCAUCCAAUGAAACAGAAGUUGUGGCAAUCGUAGGUAUGGAGGCAUCGGUAAAACAACCUUUGCUAGAAGAAUUUAUGAUGAUCCAAUGAUAAAAUCACAUUUUGAUAUUGUAGCAUGGGCUACUAUGUCGAAGGAAUACUGUGUUAGAAGAAUGUUGUGGCAACUUCUUCAUUGUAUUCCAUCAUCCAAGGAUGUAAUCCGCGAGGAAAUGGAUGACGGUGAUCUAGCUGGAAAAUUGAAACAGAAGUUGUGGAAGCGGAGGUACCUAGUUGUCAUCGAUGAUAUAUGGACCGCCAAGGCUUGGUAUGAUAUAAGUCAAUGGUUUCCGGAUUGCAGAGGAAGUCAUGUCCUACUUACAACAAGCUGCGCGAAUGUGGUCGGUUAUGUUGCUCCCGGUAAGCCUCCUCAUCACAUGUCUUUUCUAAUUGCAAAGCAAAGUUGGGAACUAUUGCAAUCGAAAGUACAUAUCUCCUCGGAAUUAUUUGAAGUUGGAAAGAGAAUUGCAGAUAAUUGUCACGGCUUGCCUUUGACAGUUAUCAUAGUAGCCGGGCUUCUGUCUAAAUGCAACAACGCACUAGAUGAAUCGGAGCAAGUGGCACAAGCUGUAAAAUCAGCGAUAUUUAAUGAUCCUCAUCGACAAUGUGAAAAGGUCCUUACUUUAAGUUACUACUAUCUACCUCAACGCCUAAAAGCUUGCUUUUUAUAUUUUAGAACCUUCCCCGAAGAUGAAGAGGUUAACGUGAAUAGAUUAAUCAGCCUAUGGGUUGCAGAGGGAUUUUUAAAGGAGCCGGAAGAUAAUAAAAGUUUGGAGGACGUAGCUGAAGAAUGUUAACAAGAACUUAUAGAUAGAAGUUUGGUUCUCUUAGGCCAACGGAGUUUUUGGGGGGAGGUGGUGCUUGGGACAAGCUCAAGGUGAGAAGGAGAACCCCCUACCUGUUAUAAGCCGAGCCCCACAUGUCUGUCUAACGAUUAUGCGAUUAUUUAGUGGUUUUCAUCAGCUAAAAUCUCAUGAUUGCUAUGAUCAAAAGAAAAGAGAGAGAGAAAUAUUAGAGUUCAAGAAUUUCAAAAUGAUUUAGAGUAUUGGAUUUAAGAAAGUUAAACUCUCAUCGUGUUCAGACCUCAGUACUAUUCGAUUUGGUGCAUCUAAGGUAUCUACAUUUGUCCAUUAGAAGUCACGAACAUCUCCCUCUCCCUCGUUUCAAAUUUCAAAAACUGCAAGUUUUGAUUGUUGAAAUAGAAAACUCUGGGAGCGUAAUGAUACCUAUCGUUAUUUGGACUAUGCCACAGUUAAGGAUUGUUCAUUUUAUGAAGACAGGAUGGCGAUGUCUGCCGAAUAUACCCAGCGGUGAAGGUAAGCAUGCAAUAGUGGAACACCUACGCACCAUAACUGGAGUUGGUCCAUCAUGGUGUAAAAAAGAAAUCUUUGCACUAACGCCUAACUUGACGAAAUUGGAAGUUGUAUUAGAUCGCAUUGCUGAUGACUCCGAUUAUUUUUUUUCUUCUUCUGAUGACUGGGAUUACUUGUGGCCCAACAAUCCCGCACAUGAUGCCUUUUUCGAAAAUCUGAGGGCUUUCCCCCCAACACUUAGAAGGCUGACAUUAUGCGGUUUGAGUCUUAAUUGGGCGGCUAUGGACAUUGUAGGCAUGUUGCCUAACCUCGAAGCACUCGAAUUGAAAGAUAACGCAUGUGGGAAUUCUUCUGGGACUAGGUGGAAACCGAGUAGAGGAGUGUUUUCUCGAUUAAAGUUCUUGUCACUAUGUAAUAUGGGAUUUUUCACUGAGUGGAAAGCUGCCGAUGAUCAUUUUCCUGUUCUGGAGAGACUUUUUAUAUCUCAUUGCAUAUGGCUAGAAGAGAUUCCGCAAGAAUUUACAAAUAUUCCAGCACUGCAAGUGAUCGAGUUACGUGAGUGUAGUGUUCACCUGACCAAAUCAGCAAAGCAGAUUCAACAAGAGCAAGAAGACACCUUCGGAUGCCAAGUGACUAGUGUUCGUGAAUCCAAUUGUGACUACGUGAUUUGCAACCAGUCUGUCAGACUUCUGAGGGGAGAUUCUUGAAUGAAGAAUGUAGUUAAAUGUUAUUGGAUUUUGUCUGGUGUUUGGUAUUCGUUUUGGGGUCGCUUAUACUCAAGCAGGAAUUAGCUGAUGUCAAUCUUAAGAACUCCUGUAAAGUUAAGGAGUCUUGGAGUAAUGGGUAAAGUUGUUGCCAUGCGACCAGGAGUUCACGGGUUCAAGCUUUGGAAACAGCCUCUGACAGAAAUGCAAGGUAAGGCUACGUACAAUACACCAUUGUGGUGAGGGCCUUCCCCCGAUCCUGUGCAUAGUGGGAGUUUUAGUGCACUGGGCUGUCCCUUUUAAUCUUAAGAACUCCUGUGAAUAUAAUGUCCUUCUCGCUUAUCCUCCCAUACUACUAGUUGUAGUAUUACUCUUGCAGUUCUUGUUAUUCUGUUCCUGUUACUAUCGUAUCACUUUCUUGUAGUUACUUUUCCUCUUUUCAGUAUGCUCCGUUGUAUACUUCCAUUAGUAUUUUCUCUUGGCUUCUUCACUUUCAUUCUUUUUUUUUCCUGCUUUGCAACUCUUUUACUUGAGGGCCUAUCUAAAACAGUCUCUUUACCUCUCAAGAUAGGGUAAGAUUUAUUUAUACUCUAUCCUCCCCAAACGCCACUUGCGGGAUUACGUUUAUAUUAGCUCCCACUAGUUUGGAGAGAGCGGCCCUAAUUGUCGACUCCUAGUAUGGUGCAUGAUUUGAUGGUUGUACUCCUCCCCGUACCAAGUAGUUAAUCAGAUUUACGCUCCUCCCAUUUGACACAAAAAAUUUCUGGUGUAUCUUUUCUGCUGGUUGGAAGUACUCAGUAAUGUUUAGUUGCUUCGCGAUACAACAUCCAUGACUUCUCCAUUCAAGCUUCCAUAACCAAUAAUCACCAUGACCGUCAGCUUCCAAAUUUGGCCAAAUAGUGUGAAAGAGAUUCUCUAAAUUUCGGUUGUUAUUCAUCUUCGCAAAGCAUAACAAGUUACAAUCAGUAUACUGUUAUCAACCCUACGACAACAAUAACAAUUCAGUGUAAUCCCACAAGUGAAGUCUGGAGAGAGUAGCGUAACAAAACCAGUUAUGCACUUUCUUGUCUGACAAAACGUUGGAGGCCGCUGCAAAACAUACUGCAUAAUUUGAUAUUGUUCACUGAUAGCUCUGAGAAGAACACAAAGUUAAAAUUACUAUCAAGAUGACUACUUAUGGUUAGUUAGUUAGUGAGUUGUUAGAUUAUGGAGUUCGAAAGCAUGAAAUUUAAUAGUUCGGUUCUGAUAGAGUAGAGACAGGCCGAAGAAGUAUUGGGGAGAGGUGAUUAGACAGGACACGAUGCAAUUUCAUGUUAUGUUAUGAGUAUUUAGAGAAGAAGGUGGGGAAUCAAAUCCUCACCAACACGAUCUGUUAUGUUUGUAACAGAUCCAAUCAUUCUCAACAGAUGUCUUUUCAAACACCGAGUGGUUUCCUCGAUGGACAACAUGUCGUUGCUUGCACAAUAUUUUUGCUCAACUUCUCAUCCAUGUUACAAGGUGGGGCAUCGAACCCUCACCAACAAGAUGAACGUUCGGAUAGCCAACCAACUGAGUUAUUAAGAUUUUCCUCCUCUUCCAUGUUUUACUCAACGAUUGCCAAGAUAUUUUGACUAUAUUUUUUGUAUUUAGAAGUUAGAACCAUUAGUUGAU